GUUUCCGCGCAAAGGCUCGCGCGCCGCUCCGACGCUCAAAUCUCCGUCAAGAGGAAGCGCUGCGGCUCUUUCCAAAAUGGCGGCCACCAUAGAGAAGAGCAGUGCUGCAGCUGCGAACAAGAAGAAACACUUAGGAAUCCCUGAAGCGGUGUUUGUAGAGGAUGUGGAUUCGUUCAUGAAGCAGCCCGGCAAUGACACAGCAGAUGUCGUACUGAGGAAGCUGGAUGAACAAUACCAGAAAUAUAAAUAUAUGGAACUCAAUCUGGUUCAGAAAAAAAUGAGAUUGAAAAACCAGAUACCCCAAAUCAAGCAGACGUUGGAAAUCUUACGGCAUAUGCAGAAGAAAAAGGAAACUACAGACCCAAUGGAGACACAUUUUCUAUUGGCUGACAAUGUGUACUGCAAGGCCUCCGUUCCACCCACGGAUAAAGUGUGUUUGUGGCUUGGGGCCAACGUAAUGUUGGAAUAUGAUAUAGAUGAAGCUCAGACGCUGCUGGAGAAGAAUCUCGGCACGGCUUCUCGAAACCUGGAGUCUCUUCAGGAAGAUCUUGACUUCCUCCGGGACCAGUUCACAACCACUGAAGUCAAUAUGGCACGUGUGUACAACUGGGAUGUCAAGAGGAGGAGCAAAGACAACCUUCUUAAAUCAGCUGAGAGGUCUUAGAAAAGAUGGAAUUGUUCCCUGUCAGAGAAACACCGCAGUCAGUUUCCCUCCACACUGUUAUCAAUUUUGUUACUUUUAAAAUAUUUUUUCAAGUAAAAAGGAAAUGAAACCGA